AAAAUGAAGCGAGAACGCGACGCAACUCGUCGGCUCCAUUGGGGCCAGUUCAUUCCAGUUGCGAUCGGGUUUGCAAUCGGAUAUUUUAUGAUUGCCGCCAGUGCCGCACCGAUGGUGGAGCAGCAUUCAAUAGUGGAGGAUUUGUCAAUCGUGGAGGAGAUUGUCGACGCAGACACACAAACGGAAGUGGCUGUGGUCACGCUGUGUCCAUUGUGCAACACCACCACCAGUGGAGAGGACAACGUCUCGAACAGUAGCAGCAGCAGUGAGAAUGUCUCAGAUGAUUUGAUAUUUGCAACUCACAGAAAGCCAACUGAAACGACAACACAACAGCAGUUGCGUGAACCAGAUCUGUUCUCCAUCUCCGAUGAGGUGGAGGAGGAAGACGAGGAUGAGGAUGAACAGCUGGAGGAAACAACUCCAGCUGGCCCCGUGACACCUAUUGAUAUGAGUGCAUUUUUGGAAUUGAUACCAGUGCCACAUGUAAAGGCUUUAGUUGAAAAUUACUUUCGACACGACAGAUCGAUUCGGCGGGCGCACAUUUAUUUUGCCAGCGAUUUCUUUGCGGAGAUUAAGCCGAUAAUAGUUGCACUGCCCGAAGUGAUUGCCUUUACGGAUUUUUUCAAGUCCCGUGGCUUGGAUAUAUACAAAUUUGCGGAUUCUGUUGUGGAGGCAACAAAACCACCUCCAUUGGUCAUAAACAGCACAAAGGACGGCGGCGUGAUUAAGCCGUUUGCCCAUGAGACAAACAUCACAAAGUCGAUGGGUGGAUUUCAUGGCUUGGUGGAGAGAGUGCUGGACUUGAUGCCCCAGGAUCAGGUGUUGGCCACGUUCUUCGAUAAGACGGAAAAUGAUCCACAGUUCGCCCGGCUUGUCAACAGUAUUGGCACGAAAAGGUUCUCGAAAAUCUUAAGGAAUCUUCUGAAAUCGAGGACAAUUAAAAGUUUUAUCUUGGAGUUGCACGAUAAUGGCAUCAGCGUAAAACGAAUUGUAGAAGUCUUCAAAUCGUUUUUCUUUCUCUAGCAGUUUUGGGGAAAGAGAUAAGAUAGAAUGGGAAUGAGGAGUAAGACAAGGAUUUGUAUUUAAUAUAUUUCUAUCAAUACUAUGUAAACUACUGAUAACUAAAAGUAAAUUCACAUUUUCUAAGAAAAGAAAGACAGAUGCUAACU